AUGCAUCCCACCCAGGCAACCGGAGGUCCUAACCUCAAUAUAUCCAUCGCGGCGCCUCCAAUAUGGACAUACGCCGCAGGGGAUACAAUAAUCGGCAGCGUGAACCGCCACUCGCACCUCGUGGCCCCAGACGCCAAGAUCGCACUUACAUUGAUCGGGCGUACAAAAGCCCGCUUAAUAACAGAAGGCUACCCAACAAAAACCACAAGCCACGGCAACUGGAAGCUUUUCCACUUGCCCCCACAGACCCUGUUACGUGGACCUAUCCACAUACCCUCCCCCAGCACCCCAACCGACUGGAUCAACAUCCCCUUCUCAAUUAAUAUCCCCGAAGCAGCUUCGCUCUCAGCAGUGCGCGACCACUCACAAGAAGAGAGCUUCGUCCCCCUAGAAGCAAGCUGCAUCACACAACACCCGUUACCCGGAACGUUUUACACCGAAUGGAGCGGGGCGAAGGUCUGCAUCGAGUACUAUCUCCAGGCGCAGCUGCGGUAUAUGCGCAAUGGGUCGUGGCGGGUGCAGCGCGCGACAGCGCCCGUCACGCUGGCCCAUCCGAACGUCGACGCGGGCGGGAUCCGGUUUGCGCUGCAGCGGUGCAGUAUCGUGAGCCGGGUGCGCAGUCAGCGACUGCUGCCGUCGAUGCGGGAUGUGGGGUUAUCCUUGACGCAGAAGACGCAGAAGAUUCUUGGGUUGUCUUCCGUUCCUGGAUUCAGCUUUGAGGUUGUGAUGGGUGUGCCGGUUGCGAUUCAACUCGAUAACUCGUCGCCGAUUCCGCUUCUUAUCAGGGUUAUUCCGCGGCGGGACGGGAGUAGUAGUGCUAUUUGGGAUGUUGUGCAACGGGUCGAGGUUACGGCGGUUAAGAUGAGUAUUCUUUCGAAAGUGGAGAUUGUUCUCAAACCGAGCGAGGAGAGCCUUUAUACCAUUCCUAAUGAUGAACAUGUCUUUGUUCAGCAUUUGGGGCUGGAGAAAGCGUUUGAGCAGCUCAAGGAUCCUAUUGUAACUUUUGCUGGGCCGAGUGAUACUCCCGUUGAUAUUGGGAGGGUACUUCGCCUUGUUCUUGGACACGAUGGUCUGAUGAGUGAUGGGAAGCGUCUCAGUCUUGUGGCUAGCAUCCAGCCUAGUUUUGUCACUUUCAAUACCAGGUUGAGUCACUCGAUCAUAUGGCAGACCUCUCUUAGUAUUGCUGGGGAGACACGAACGGUGUCGAUGACUGCAGAGGUCACUGUGUAUAACAGUGCAUCCAGGCUGUGA